AUGAAUAGUGCUGAGCUGUGUGCGUGCUCUUUUAUAAGCAGCGACGACGGCGGCGGCGUUCGUGUAGUUGGUUCCCACCACCGGUCGAUGGACAAAGGCGCAACUAUCGGAGCACGGGAGAAACUGCAAUUCUACCGGACGGACACUGUCCUCCGACCUUUCCGCCCACCGAGCCACCACAGUAAAGUUCACACACCUAUACACAUGAGGAAAGAAACAUCUGCAUGGCCGCCGCAGCGUUGUAUGUCGGAAUCGGGAAAUCGCGGCGAGAAACGUCGGACAUGUAUAAUAAAAUAUAAGACAAUACGAUGUAAUUGUGAAGAUAUUUAUAGGUAUAACAAAAUGUGA